CCGCUGCCUCCCGGGAGCCGGCCGAGCGCUCCGGACCCGCGCCCGUCAGCCCGCCUGCCCGCCUGCCCUCGCGGCUCGCCGGCUCCCGGCUCCCGGUAAGGACGCGGAAGGACGCGCGCGAUCGAUCGGGGAUCCGAGACGACGGGGGAGAGGCGCGCCCGCCCGCGUCCCUGUGGUCCGCACGGGGCGUCCUGUUCAGAGCUUCCUCCGUGGGAACCGAGCCGGCGCCUCCGCUACGCCCUCCCCGCGCCAGUUACUGGAUAAGAGAAGACUGGAAGCAUGUCCGAGUUUUGGUUAAUUUCUGCCCCUGGCGAUAAGGAAAACUUACAAGCGCUGGAGAGAUUGAACACGGUGACUUCCAAGUCCAACCUGUCGUACAACACCAAGUUCGCCAUCCCUGACCUCAAGGUGGGGACCUUGGAUUCGCUCGUCGGCCUCUCGGAUGAGUUGGGGAAACUGGAUACCUUUGCCGAAAGCCUCAUAAAGAGAAUGGCCCAGAGCGUGGUGGAGGUCAUGGAGGAUGCCAAGGGCAAGGUCCAGGAGAACCUCCUGGCCAACGGAGGUUUGAAGGAAAAGAUGAAAUGUUUAAAGAUUGACUUAACGUCCUUUGUGACCCACUUUGAAUGGGACAUGGCCAAGUACCCCGCGAAGCAGCCGCUGCCCAGCGUGGUGGACACCCUGGCGAAGCAACUGGCGCAGAUCGAGACGGACCUGAAGGCCCGCACGGCCGCCUACAGCACCCUCAAGGCCACGCUGGACAGCCUGAACCAGAAGGCCAAGGCAAACCUCUUCACGCGGACACUGAGCGACAUCGUGAACAAAGACGACUUUGUGCUGGACUCCGAGUAUCUGGUCACCCUCCUGGUCAUCGUCCCCACACAAAACUACAUACAAUGGCAGAAGACCUACGAAUCCCUCUCGGACAUGGUGGUCCCUCGGUCAACCAAGCUGAUCUUUGAGGACAAGGAGGGCGGCCUCUUCACCGUGACCCUGUUUCGAAAAGUGAUUGACGAUUUCAAAGCCAGAGCCAAAGAGAACAAGUUCACGGUCCGAGAAUUUUACUAUGAUGAGAAAGAGAUCACACGGGAACGGGAGGAGAUGACCAGGUUGCUGUCGGCUAAGAAGCAACAAUAUCAAACUUCCUGUGUUGCUCUUAAAAAGGGAUCCUCCACCUUCCCGGACCACAAGGUUAAGGUAACCCCGCUAGGUAACCCCGAUAGGCCCGCUGCGGGGCACAGCGACAGAGAGAGAGAGAGUGAGGGCGAGAGUGAGGGCCCCCUGCUGCGCUGGCUCAAGGUGAACUUCAGCGAAGCCUUUAUCGCCUGGGUGCACAUCAAGGCGCUGAGAGUGUUCGUGGAGUCCGUGCUCAGCUUGUCUGUCCGGGAAGGUAUGGACUCCCGGUGAAUUUUCAGGCUGUGCUCCUCCAGCCUCAAAAGAAGUCGUCCACCAAGCGUUUGCGAGAGGUUCUGAACUCCGUCUUCAAACACCUGGACGAAGUGGCAGCUGCCAGCAUGUUGGAUGCAGCUAUGGAUAUCCCUGGGUUGCAACUCAAUAACCAAGACUACUUUCCUUACGUCUACUUCCGCAUCGACCUCAGUCUUCUCGACUAGCACGCCGAGUGGGCGAGUGGGCGCCGCUCAGCUCAGCUCCUGUCAUGCGGACGACAUGACAGAUGCUCCUUUCCCUCCGCAGAAGUUCGUCUCCUACAGGACUUAGAUUUUCAGAGAAAUGGCUCACAGAAGUUGCUCACUGUUGUAUUUAUUUUUUAAGAACUUCCAAAUAAGAAUUUCUGCCUGCCGCUCCUGAUUUAAACAAACAGAAAUUGUAAAGACAGAAAUAAAGGAGUAGCACGAAUUGCUUUAGAAAAUGUUCUCAGAGCAGUGAGUUCCUGUUCAGCGUACCCGUGUCGAGAAUGUGGGGCAGGACGGCCACCACACAGAGCUGGUGCUCCUCACACGUCUUCUUGGCGACGUCCUCACUGAUGAUCUGGGACCCGGCAGACAGGGACGGAGACAAAGCCUUAGCACCAUCACUUCCAUGACAGAGCGGAGCAGGCGUCUCCCAGGGACACUUCCUGCUGCUCCCGAGCCACCACCAGCCCCGCCUCAGAGGCUCCGUGACGGGUCCUCAGCCGUAUCUGGGGCGCUGAGGACUCGCACCCACAGUCUCUGAAGUCAGAAUGCCGGGCGCUGCCUGGCUCUGACACUUGUCAUACUUAUGCACAUCAUAUAUUUAUAUGAAUUUGCAGCUCCCCGUGCCUCAGUUUCCUCAUAUGUUAAAUGGAGAUUAAAAACAGUAUUUACUGCUAA